UGUAUCUAGCUUUAGAUAAGAACACACAUCGCAUUAUCAGUCAAUACGCGGCACUGCCGACAACCUGACUAGUUCAACCUUGAACGUGAGAGCAGUAUUUAAAAAAAUAUCAAUAAUACAAUAGAGGAUUUAGCAGAACGGUGUGUUGUGUACAAAAACAUGGUCAGGGAAUUGACUCCGGAGCUAGCAAAAAUAGCAAAAGAAGAGUUGAAUGAAAAUCCUAAGCAAAUAUUGAACGAUUUGAACCAAAUUAAGGAAUGGAUAUCCAAACAACAUCAUCUGAAAGCGAGGACGGAUGAUCAAUGGCUUCUUGCUUUGUUGAGGGGUUGCAAGUUCAGCUUGGAGAAAGUAAAAGUAAAAAUAGAUUUUUACUAUUCAUUAAGGAGUUCAGCACCUGAAAUCACAUUGAGGUUAAAACCGACACAACCAGAGUUUCUUGAUUUUAUAAGAAUCGGGACGAUUGUCAUCUUGCCAAAACCUAAGACUGGUUUGAACCCACGCAUGAUCCUCAUAAGGCCGGGAAUGUACGACCCGCAAGUAAACAGUGUAGCAGAUGUUAUGUGCGCACUUUAUUACUUAGUUCAGAUUUUAUUAAUGGAGGAUGACACGUCGACUAUUCUGGGCACCAAAGUGCUAGUGGACUACGAAGGUGUCACCAUGACACACUUGACACAAGCCAACCCUAGUCUACUAAGGAAAAUGAUUUUAGUGGGACAGGACUCAUUGCCGUUGCGGUUGAGAGGAAGUCACCAUUUUAACCUACCGACGGGUAUCGAAAUAAUAUUCACAUUGAUAUCUGGAUUUCUAAAUGAGAAAGCCAAACAAAGGUUACGCAUACACAAAAAUGUUGAUGAUAUUCUGGAGUUUGUCCCAAAGGAAAUAUUACCAACAGAGUAUGGAGGUGAUGGUGGGAGUCUGCGAGAAAUUUUGGAUCAUUGGGUCUCUAAAAUAGUGGAAUAUAAAACCUGGAUGCAGCAAGAGGAGCAAUUUGGAAGUGACGAAUCAAGACGUAUCAAAAUUUCUAGUGACGAAGUCGUUGGAUCUUUCAGGUCUUUAGACAUUGAUUGAACACUCUGAAAGUAAAUUAUUUGUAGUUAUAUUGUUUCAAAUAAGUAACUAUAUUGCUUUAGAAAGGAAAAAAAUAAACUGCCAUUCAGUAAUUAUGUGCUUUAUUUAACAUGUUAUAUCAAAGUAGAAAACCUAAUAAAUCUAAAACUGGCAAAAAGUACUUUUAAGCAAAACUAUUGCUUAAAUGUAAAGAGCUGGAAAUCAUACCAUUGGUUAUGAGAAUAAGAAAAGCUAUAGAUAUCGGUAUAUAUUAAGUUUUUCAUUAAAGCAAACCAAUGAUCCUGAAUGAAAUGGUUUUGUUAAUAGUAGUACUUAAUGAAAAUAAUGUAACAGCGACAAUUUUCGAUAAUCAUAAUUAGGGCAAAUUCACUGCAUCUGCAAUAUAAGGAGAUAAAAGAAUGUUUGGUUUUUAUUAUUUUUAUUUGUAUGUAAAUUAAAUAAAUAAAUAGAGCCAAACCUAGCAUGAAAAUCGUAAAAUGCCUCUAACAAUAUUUAUAACUGAAGAGAUAUUUUUAAAACAUUUACUAACGUAACGUGUCUGUAGGUAUAACAAAUCCCGG